CCCUCCUCCUCCUCUUGCCCUGCAACAUCGUCUAUAGCGCUGUCCGGCCGCUCAUUUAUACCCAGCUGGUGGCGCGCAUGAUGACCAGCAUGCCCCCCGCCCCCUCUUCCGCGUCCCCGUCCCCUCCCUCCUCUCCCCCUUGCAUUCGCAGGCUUCUUCCCCAUUUUCAAGUGAAUAUAUGCGCUCCGAAUGAUAUGCCCGGCGCCUGCUGAGUUGAUGCCGAGUCGCGGGUGACGGAGAGAAGUUCGAUCGGUCCAAGCGGCACACCGUCUCUCUUUCCGACCACAAUGCUCCCGACGGCGGUCAGACUCUCGAAGGCGUCGCGCCGGCCGCUGACCCCCAAGCGCGGUAACAAGGACUACUACAAGGGCACUCGGCAGGCGUUCCUUCCCAAGGGCACCCGCACUGGCGCGCCCGGUCGUCACGUCGUCGGCGGCAAGGCCAAGUACCGUCUCAUAGACGAGAAGGUUCGCGUCUUCGUCGCCCCGCCCCUCGAGCAGAUUGUCAACUCGCCGCUAAAACCCUACGUUGCGCAAGAUGUGCAUCUGAAGAAGCAGGAGCUGAACGCCGUCUGGGGCAAGUUCACCAGCAAGCGCGGCGUCACGCCAUCCCUCUUCCUGCAGAAGUCGCGCGAGGCGUUCGCGGAAUUGCAAGCGACCUACCCGGAGGGUGCCGCUGCCGCAGAGGGAAGUGCACCUGCGGAGGCUUCUACGUCGGCGGGUGCACCGAGAGCAGUACCACCACCUUCUGGGGAGGCCGAGCCGGCUACCUAGAAGUCGUUCUGGUCACGAUCAUGAGCAGAGCUAUCACGGUCCGACCCUACUGCACUUAUUCACCUGUUAAUGAGCACAUGCUAUUGCACCUCCCUUCCCCUUUACGCCAUGUGUGAAUGCGCUCUACCUGGUAUCCGAAAGCCUGAUCUUCUCCACUCCAAUGAAGCGGCUGCAUUUACGCUGCCUGUUCUCCCGCACCAAUUCGUCUACCCGCCACCUGCGCCUCCCAACUCAUGAACCGGGGCAAAACAUCGCAAAGCACAUUAGACGAGUCUACUAACAGUACAAAAGAGAACAAGUUCACCGA